AAGAAAUAAAGAGAGUUAAAAACUUUAAACUUCAAAAUGGUAAGUAAGCUUUAUAUGACGACGUUUCUCUACUUAGUCACCUUACUCUUCAUUUUCCGGACAAUCUCAGCCGUCCGUUUCCCUCCGGCACAACCAACAACCGACAACCUAGAUUUCAUCCGUACUAGCUGCAACGCAACGCUUUAUCCAGACGUAUGUUUCACGUCUCUAGCUGGAUACGCCUCCGCCGUCCAAGAUAAUCCGGCGAGACUAGCUAAACUCGCAAUCGGCGUUUCCCUCUCCCGCGCAAAAUACACGGCGGCUUACCUCUCCAAACUCUCACGUCGCGCUGCUUCAGCCGCCGUCCACGACUGCGUUUCGAACGUUGGAGACGCCGUAGAUCAGAUGCGUGGCUCCCUAAGGCAGCUCAGAGAGAUGAACCACCGUCGUCCCGGAGCUCCGGCGUUUAGGUUUCAGAUGAGUAACGUGCAGACAUGGAUGAGCGCAGCGUUGACGGACGAGGAGACGUGUACGGAUGGGAUCACGGAGGAGAUGGAAGACGGAGAGACGAAGACGGCGAUCUGCGAUAGAGUAGGCGACGUCAAGAGGUUCACGAGUAAUGCGCUUGCUCUCGUUAACACCUACGCCAAUAAUGGAGCCUAAGCUAGGUCUUGAAAUCCUAAAGUUAUAAAAAUACUUGUAUAUA